GGAAGCACUCAUCUUUUCUCUCCGAGCUCAAAAGAACAGUUGGUUUUGUUGGUAAGAAAUCACAGGUGGAUCUUAAUCUGGAGCUGAGUCUAGCUGGAGAUGCAGACGGUGGAAGACACACACAUCACCCUGAAAUGUGUUCGGGGCCUCAGCUGUCCUCGGGCUCCAAGCUUCAUCCACAUCGCCCUCUGUCGGGCAGGGCUGUGUGCCUUGGUGCUCCGCACCUGCCCCCGUCUUGCUGGUGAUAACAGUUUACAUGACCUUAUGUAAGACAUAAUUAACACAGCUUUGCUCACUUAGUAAGUGUCCUACCCAGAAGACUAUGAACUCGGAUAUGUUAUCACGAUGCGGGUUAAGAAUUUAUAAAUAGAUGUAGAAUAUCAUAGUCCCUGCUAUACUGCAGGUAUUCAAUUAAAAAGUAGCUACUGCUUCAACUGUGAUUUCUUCAUAGCUAGCUCUGCGUCGUGAGUCCACAUCUGCCCUCCUGAUUCUCCUCUCCACAUUUGCACACGAUGUCUUUGUCUGUCUGCUCCCUCUCUCUUACUGACGCUCUCAGUUUCUCCACACUGAGCUUCUGUUCCUCUGGGAAUCUCUGAUGCAGCUAACUGCUCCGUCUUCCCAAGAUCACAUUUGCUUGUUCUGAAUAACUCUUGGCUUUUGUCCCCAGGAUUCUCUGUGCUUGUAAUACACAACUUGUCAUUCCCCCAUGGAACAGGAGCCACGAGCCCUGUCCUCACUGAAAGGCGGGUCUGAGCAGUGGGACUGGGCUGAAUGCCUAGAGAGCAAGGUUCAUCUUAGAAGCUGCAGCCCCGGGGCCUGUUGCAACCAGGUGACACCUUGUCAAGGGUUCAGGGAUUAGAGACACAAAGGCACAAGUUUGUAGAUGGGACGGUGGUGUUGGCUCACAGAGCACAUGUGCCGCAUGGAAACGGACACCUGACUCACUGAACGUCUCAUUGAUAUGCAGACCCACUCCGGAUACUUCUCCAGUCUGUACCCUCAUCACCAUUUCGGCCCAUUCCCGCAUCAUCACUCCUACCCAGAGCAGGAGACUGUGAAUCUCUUCAUCCCAACCCAGGCUGUGGGUGCUAUCAUCGGGAAAAAGGGGGUGCACAUCAAACAGCUGGCUCGAUUUGCUGGUGCCUCUAUCAAGAUAGCUCCGGCAGAAGGUCCGGAUGUCAGUGAAAGGAUGGUCAUCAUCACCGGGCCACCUGAAGCCCAGUUCAAGGCUCAGGGACGGAUCUUUGGGAAGCUGAAGGAAGAAAACUUCUUUAACCCCAAAGAAGAGGUGAAGCUGGAAGCCCACAUCCGUGUUCCCUCGUCCACAGCCGGCCGCGUGAUCGGCAAAGGGGGGAAAACCGUAAACGAGCUCCAGAACUUGACAAGCGCAGAAGUUAUCGUGCCUCGUGACCAAACCCCAGAUGAAAAUGAGGAAGUGAUCGUCAGGAUCAUCGGACACUUUUUCGCCAGCCAGACUGCGCAACGCAAGAUCAGGGAAAUUGUACAGCAGGUGAAGCAGCAGGAGCAGAAAUACCCUCAGGGAGUCGCCUCACAGCGCAGCAAGUGAGGCCCCCACAGGCGCCAGCAAACAAGAGAUGAAUGUAACCCUCCCAACCCCCGAGAGAGACGAGACCAAACAGCCAGCAGAUCGGGAGCAAACCAAAGACCAUCCUGAGGAGUGAGAAGUCUGCAGAGCAGCCAGGGCCUGCAGACCCCUGCACAUCCUGGGAUCCAGGAGGCCAUAGGGAGGGCCCGGGUUCCCCAGAAACACCAGUUGGCCUGCGCCCAGCUUCCCCUGGCUUCUGCAGGCUUCCAGCCAUCCACUGCCCAUCCACUCAGAUCCCUCCUCGGCUCCCAGGACGCUAUCCCUUUCAGUUGAACUAACAUAGGUGACUCAAAGCAAAGCAAAAUCCACAGCCUUUUCUUUGCUGUGGAACGUUGUCUCUGUACAUGUAUGUACAUACUAGAAGGGGAAAGAUGUUAAGAUGUGUGGCCUGUGGGUUACACAGGGUGCCUGCAGCGUUAAUAUAUUUUAGAAAUAAUAUAUCAAAUAACUCAACUAACUACAAUUUUUACUCGAUUAUUAAUUUUGUUUUCUUUUUGAAGAGAAAGCAGGCUUUUCUAGACUUCAAAGAAUAAAGUCUUGGGUGAGGUCCAUUGGUAGAGAAAGGAACUUUGAGCCGCCCACACGAACUUCACUUGGAGGGAAAUCUCGUCAAGAACACUUAAUGGCAGUUGUGGGUCACCUGUGUCUGUCAACAGAAGGGAUACCGUCCCUGAGGAGGGGCCCCAGGCCCUUGUCACCUGCUUACCCCAUGCACCCAUUUCUCUGCUUCACAGGUUUUAAACUGGUUUUUUUUUUUUUUUUGCAUACUGCUAUAUAUUUCUAUCUCUCUCUGUUUAUCUCCCUCCCUACCUUCCUCUUUGCCCGCCAUCCUUCUGAAUCCCUUCGUCCUUUUCUGUUCCCCCAUAUCUAUGCACCCCCCCCCCCAGGCAAAGCAGUGCUCUGAGUUAUCACAUCACACAAACGGAACAGACGCGAAACACACGAACCAGCUUCAGCUUACACUUGGUUACUCAAGCGAACAAGAGUCGAUGGCACUUGUCCUAGCGUCUCGGAAGAGGAAAGCGGGAACCCUCCAAACCAACCAGCCAACCAAACAAAGGAAAACUCCAGAAAGAAAGAAUGUACUUUGUCUUUUUACAUUUUGGUAUAUAAGCCAUCAACAUUUAGUGAAAUUAUUUCUUUCUUUAAAAAUUUAAAGUGCAGGAAAAUAGCAAUUUAUACAAGGUUGUUGGCCCAGGGCAUUAAAUUUACAGAUUUUUUUAAAAUGAGAAAAACACACAAAUAAA